AAAAAAUAUAUCUUGAUCGUAACCACACGCCUGGUACAAUCAUAUUUUAUUCAAUUAUUCGAAUUGGUGUGCUCAUCACCAACCCCCAAUGUCAUAUUUGAGAGCAAAAUAUGUGAGAGAAAAGGAAUAUAAUAUUUUUUGCGAGGCUUAUAGAGCUGAGCAUGCGCUCAUCCUAACUCAAUUUGUUGCUUUCCAACAACCCAGCAAUUGCAUUCAUUUUUCAUACAUAUCUACACUCAUAUUUUCCUUACCGCAUCUCUUCAACUUGACAAACUAGAAUAUGCCUCGCAUGUUUGAUGUCAUUAUUUUGGGUAUCCUGGCAUUAGGCAUUUCCGUGCGCCAAGCCCAUGCAUCAGCCAUACCGAUAGGCGAGCCGAAUAACUGGGUUGCUGUAAAUCCGAUACAGCAACAGCACCAACAGUUUCAACAAAUCGUGCAGCAGUUCCAGCAACAACAAACAUUGCAGCAAAAACAGCAGCAGCAACAACAACAAUUGGAGCAAUUUCUGAAGCAAUUUCAGCAGCAGCAGCAGGUUAAGCCUGCUGCUAAGGACAAGGUGCAGCAGGCCUUGAAUAACAAUGAUGUGUCGAUGCGCGGCUUCAAGAUUGUUAUUCGUCACCAGCCCAGGCCCACCAACAAUAUUAAAUUUUCCAAGGAAGGCUUUGGCCAGUCAGAAAGCAUUCUACAGGAGACUGGAGAAGCAGGAGGAAGUGCUGGGCCGCAGGUGGCUCCAGACUCGGGGUUUUCGAAUCCGGCAGUUGGUUUUGAGCUGCCCGCACAGCGCCCGGAGCCUGAUCAGUACUCGCCUAAGACCCAGUUUGGCCCGACAAAUGACAUUGGUGACGACAGUAACCCGACUCCGCUUCCAGAGCUGGUCCUCCGUCCUCCUCCUCCUCUUUCUGUGCCCACAAACUACCCCUACUAUAACAACUACAAGGAAUUUUUGCCGCCGCCGCCAUCACCGCCGACAAUUCUCCCUCCUCCACUGCCUGCAUUCCCAGAUUAUAAUACGGCCUACAGCCAGCCGAGCUACCAGGGAUACUACCUCGAAGACCCCCAGCCGCUACUUUUUGACAGAGAGCCGCUGUCGAUCAUCUACCCUGGAGAAGGCGGCCAGUAAGACUAAGCAGUAUUUUUACAAUUAUUUAUAAAAAUCCACCAUUUUCAAAUUAUCACUAUUAAAUACAAGCACAUUUUGCUACUCAGCCUCACGUGAACCAAGCCCAUGAAGCUCAGCUGAUUAGCCG